ACCAGAUGGUGCCCGAGGCCGCGGCUAUGCCGGCCAGGGCCUGGACAAGGUGGAGCCCAGUCGCUAGUCCCAGUCCCAUCCCCUCUACUCCAGCACACGUGACCAUCGCCACCGCCUGCUACCAGCACCAUGGCUCAGCCACUGCCUCGGCUGUCUGUCCCCGCCGCGCUGGCCCUGGGCUCGGCCGCGCUGGGCGCCGCCUUCGCCACUGGUCUCUUGCUGGGGAGACGGUGGCCUCCGUGGGGGUCCAGGCGACAACAGAGCCUGCUGCCCCCUGCGGACAGUCCCCUGUGGCAGUAUCUGCUGAGCCGCUCCAUGCGGGAGCACCCGGCGCUGCGAAGCCUGCGACUGCUGACCCUGGAGCAGCCGCAGGGGGAUUCCAUGAUGACAUGUGAGCAGGCCCAGCUUCUGGCCAACCUGGCCCGGCUCAUCAAGGCCAAGAAAGCGCUGGACCUGGGUACUUUCACUGGCUACUCCGCCCUGGCGCUAGCCCUGGCGCUUCCCGAGGCUGGCCGCGUGGUGACCUGCGAGGUGGACACGGAACCCCCGGAGCUGGGGCGGCCCCUGUGGAAGCAGGCCGAAGUGGAGCAGAAGAUCGACCUUCGGCUGCAGCCGGCCCUGCAGACUUUGGAUGAGCUCCUAGCGGCGGGCGAGGCCGGAACCUUCGACGUAGCGGUGGUGGACGCUGACAAGGAGAACUGUGCCGCCUACUACGAGCGCUGUCUGCAGCUGCUUCGCCCCGGAGGCGUGCUCGCCGUGCUCAGAGUCCUAUGGCGCGGAGAGGUGCUGCAGCCCAAGCCCAGGGACAAGGCUGUGGAGUGCGUUAGGAACCUGAACGAGCGCAUCCUCCGGGACGCCAGGGUCUACAUCAGCCUCCUGCCCCUGGGGGACGGGCUCUCCUUGGCCUUCAAGAUCUAAGGAGAACCCCGGCCAGUGACCCUUGUUUUAAACCUGACAAUAAAAGGACUGGGACACACGACCUUCUGAGCAUCCAUAUUUGGUUCAUUAGGUGGUUCCCUACAGGAACACAGACAGCUUUUCCAGUAAAGUAUCUCCCUGGCACCAAGGCUUGUGGCCCUAUCUGACAGGGUAGUUUUAAUAAGCUGUUGCAGCUGUAUGCAUUGAGUAGACUCCCAACCGGCUAUGGGGGCUAGAUGGAAGGGAGGGCCUUAUCUAUCUCCUGGGGUCUGACAAGACAGAGGUCCUGCAAGAGAGCAACCUAGUCAUAGGCUGCUGGUGGUCUACCCACAUUUCCCCAGGGCUGUUGCCUCCCCACCAUUACCUGGGCAAUGAAAGCCCUCUGUAGUGGGUAGCUGGUCCAGCUUUGACCUGGAAGUACUACCCCUAGUGAGGCUUCCGGGACUGUCAUGCCUACCUAUGACCUGCCCCUGAGGUGUGGCUGAGACAGGAGCCCUUAAGACCCAGAGGGCUCUCUUGGUUCCUGGUGAUCCUGGAUGCUGCUGGAUGGUAGACCAAGCAGAGUUCUCCAGAGAUCACCGCUGGACUGCACUUCACCUCUCCUGCAUCCUGUAACAUAUCCCUUUACUUGUUGUAAGUUACCCCAAAAUAAACCUCCCUUUUAACUA